AUGUAAAUAAAAGUCAGCCUCAUCUUCCAUAAAGGUCAGCAAUUGCUUAUAAAUUCUCAGUAAAAUUAAAACUGUACAGUAUUGGAAUCAGAUGGAAAUUCUUGUGCAAUAGCUGCAGCAAAGCUAAUUAUUAAAUAAUUUGGAUCAAUAGAUAUUACAAAAACUAGUUUAAAUAAACAUCAUAACUUUGAGAAAAUAAUAAAUUGGGAAGCUUAUUAAUAAACUAAGGACAGUUAUAAUUAUAUUCGAGUAUAAUUCUUUCUUUAAUAUCUUAGGAACUAGAAAUAUAUAGGAAUCCACAUUUUUACCUUUGGACUCGUUUCUUUACAACUGCACCAAUAUGGGAAAUAGAAGAUCAUACAUAUUAUAUAAUUGAAUUAAUAGAUUAGGAUUUGAUUUACUUUAAUUUCAAUAAUAGAAGAGAAUUGAAUGAAAAACAUACAAUUGAAUAAGUUAUACUAGAGGGUUAACACUUAAAAUAUAAUCGAACUAUCAUAUUUUUAUGUGUGAAAGACUUUGAUUAAGGAAGGUAUCAUGCUCCAAAAAUGUAUAUUGAUACUAUUGGUUUAUUUAAUGGAAUAUAUAGAAGAAAAUAAGAAAGAUGGUUAUGUUAUAAUGUAACUUAAGGAAGUUAUCCAGAUGAAGAGAUUCUUAAGUAAACUAAUGUAAUAAUAAUACCAGGCAGCACAAGCUCUGUCUAUGAUGAAAAAGCUUGGAUUCGUAGUUUAUAAAACUUUAUAUUGAAUGUAUAUGAAAAUUACUCUGAUAUAAAAUUUAUGGGUAUUUGUUUUGGAUUUUAAUUACUUGCUUAAACAUUUGGAGGAAUUGUUGUACCAUGCAAAAAUAGAAUUAAACAUAAAGGGUUUUACUAUUAUGGAAAUGAGAAACUUACAAUUAAGAAUGAUUUUUUUUAAAUUGAAUGUUUCAAAGAAUUAAUUUAAAAUGAUAAGUUAAUAAUUAAUAAAGCUCAUGGUGAUAUUGUUAGUAAAUUACCUGAAAAAUUUAUUAAUUAUGGAUCAUCUAAAACAGCUGAAAAUGAAAUAUUCAUUUCUGAAGAUUUAAGAAUAUUUGGAAUGUAAUCUCAUCCUGAAUACUCAUCUCAAUAAAUUUUAUUAUUUAUAAGUGGAAUUUAAUUUGCAGAAGGAAAUAAAUGUUUUGAAGAUUAUUACAAUGAUCCUAACAAUAAGAAUUUUGUUAAAGAAAAAGGGGAUUUAUUAGGAUUGUUAAUGUGUCACAAAUUUUUAUAAUAUUGA